AACCUAAAAUUGGUUUGAUUUUUCUUCCCAAAAGAAAACGGAUGUUUACGUGCCCCUUACAGCCGUACCUGCGAGACUCCGCAGGGCCCAUGGGAAACCCUAUCUCAUUUAAGUAAAGCUCAUCCUUAUUCUAAAGCCCAAAAAAAAAAAAAAAAACUCAACUUUCUCUUUGUCCCCGGGCCUGAUGUUUUCAAAGAGGUCCACAAUCAGCCCAAUGAGCCUUAUCCACCCUAUCCUUCUUCUCACUUUUACAACCCAGUUGCAGUUGAUCAUUCCUCAAUUGGAGAGAUUAUCCUUAUCAAAAGGUGACAUCAAUACGAUAAGAAAAUCCCGAUUUAAACAAGACUUCUUUUUCAAUGUUAAAGUCCUUCGAAUUUCUCUUGGCAUUGGUGGUGAAUCAGCUAUUUUUCCAAUCAGCAUCCUUCGGAGAUUCUACAAUUUGGAAAAACUUGUUUUAACAUAUUGUUCUCUCGAAGAGUUAUUCCCCGCACAUGGACAUGGAAAGGUUGAAGAAGAAGAGGAGCAGAAACACUUUGAGACCCAACUCUCAAGGAUUAAAACAUUAAAGCUGGAAUACAUUACUAAUCUUAGGCAAGUUUGGAGAGGAGACUCGUCAAGUGUUCUUCCAAAUCUUGAAACACUUAAAGUAAUUCGGGGUGAUGAUUUGAUCAGUUUAUCGACGUCUACGGUAUCAUUCAAGAAUCUCACAACUUUAGAGGUAUGGUGUUGCAAUAAAAUGGAAAACUUGGUUUCAGUUGCAACAGUCCAAAGCCUGGUGAAUGUAAAGAGUAUGACGGUAAGCCAUUGCCUUAAGCUGAGGGAAAUAGUUGGAAGCCAAGAAGAUUUGACACAAGAUCCUAUCAUUUUCAGCAGUUUGAGAUAUUUGAAACUUGAAUGUUUGAUAAGAUUAGCAUGCUUCUGUUCUGGGAAAUUCAUCUUCGAUUUCCCAUAUCUGGAGCAACUAAUUGUGGAACAGUGCCCUAAAUUGGAGAUCUUCUCUAAGACAGACCCAAUAACACCACGGCUGCUGCAAGUGCAGGGACGAAAAUUGUGGAAUUUGGAAGGUGACCUUAAUGCCACCAUACAAAGAAUGUAUACGGCAAAGGUUGGAUUUAUUUGUUUGAUGAAUUUGAGUCUCUCCGAGUUUCCUGAACUGAUUCAAAAUUGGCAGACUAGGAGUCUUCCAAUCCUAGAUUUUAGAUACCUUCUUCGUCUCGAUAUUUGUAAUUGCAACAGCUUGGGAUACCUGUUAACGCCAUCUAUGGUCAGGAGCCUUGUGCAACUUUAUCAUUUGGAGGUAAAACACUGCACAAGAAUGGAUGCAGUGAUAAUGGAAGAAGGAACAGAAAAUCUGAUAACAGAAAAUAAGAUAAUACUCCCUUGCUUGAGCCUGAUUAUUCUGGAGUCUUGUUCAGACUUGACAAGUUUCUGUGUGGGAAGUUGCACAUUCCAGUGUGCAGUCUUAACAAGAGUUGAAGUACUUAACUGUCCAAAAAUGACUACAUUUGUUUCGACAUUCCCUAGAGAGCUAGAGAAGGAGAACCCUCAAGCCUUUUUCAGCAGCAAGGUUGCUUUUCCCAACUUGGAAUGGAUGACUAUCACCCACUUGAAAAACUUGGAGAUCAUAUGGCACAGCAAACUAUAUGCAGAUUCUUUUUGCAGACUAAAAUCAUUAACAAUUGUAAAUUGUGAAAAGCUAUCAGUUGUUUUUCCAUCUGCUGAUAUAGAGGGAAGAAUCUGGAAAUCCUUAGAGGAGUUAAUUAUAAAUCAAUGUGGCUCGCUAGAAGGGAUAUUUGAAAUUGACAAGUUCAAUGUCAAACAAACACAAGAUGUGAUUGACACCAAGUUGAGAAAAUUGAUUAUUGCUGAUCUAGCAAGAUUGAAGCAUGUGUGGAAUAAGGAUCCCCAAGGAUUACUCAGUUUUCACAACCUGGAAUCAGUGGAGGUAAGCUAUUGUCAGAGUCUCAAAAUUUUGUUUCCAACUUCAAUAGGCAAAAGCCUUUUGCAACUUCAAAAGCUACAUUUAUACCGGUGUGGGGUGGAGGAAAUUGUCACAAUAGGAGAACAAGGAGUAGAAGCAAUUGUCAACUUUCAAUUUCCUCGAGUAUCAAGUCUUAAGCUUGAGGCGCUACCAAGACUCCAAUGUUUCUACCCAGGGAAGCACACAACAGUGUGGCCAAUGUUAAAAGAGUUUUGUUUUUCCCAUUUCAAUCAAGCAAAGAGAACAGACGGGCAUGGGCAACUUGACUUCCCUGUACGAUUGCCACUUUUCUCCAUAAAAAAGAUCAUCCAUCAAUUGGAAAAACUAUCAUUAGCAAGACAUGACAUUGCAAUGAUAUGUGAACAUGAGUCUAAACAAGACAUUCUUUUCAAUAUCAAAGUUCUUCAAAUUCAGGGCUAUCUCGAUGAUGAACUAGAUGUUUUACCUGUUGGAUUCCUAAGAAGGUUUUGCCAUCUAGAAAAUCUUGUUGUGACAUACUGUAAUUUUAAAGAGUUGUUCCCUUCAAAAGGAGAAGUUGAAGAACAAGAGAAACACAUUGAGAUUGAGACACUCUCAAGGAUUAAAACAUUAAAACUACAAUUCCUUCCAUAUUUGAAGCAUAUAUGGAGCCAUGACUCAACAACUGGUCUUCAAAAUCUUGAAACUCUUGAUAUACUCAGAUGUGAUAGUUUGAUUAUAUUAUCAAAUUCAAUUUCAUCUUUCCAGAAUCUCACCACUUUGAGUGUAAUAAAUUGCAAAGGGAUGAUAAAUUUGGUUUCAAUCUCAAUAGCGCAAAGUCUGGUGCAGCUAAAAAGUAUGACUGUAGAGAGAUGCUACAUGUUAACUGAUAUAGUUGGAAAUGAAGGAGAUGGAAUGCAAGAUUUUAUCGUGAUCACUUUUACUAAACUAAAAUUUUUGAGACUUCAACGGUUGCCAAGAUUAGAAAGCUUUUGUUCAAAAAAUUUCACCUUCAAAUUCCCAUGUUUAGAAGAGGUAACCAUGAAUCAAUGCCCCAAGUUGAAGAUCUUUAGUGAGGGAGACCUAAAUACACCAUUGCUACAGAGAGUAUUAAUUGAAGAAGAGAACAAGUGCCGUUGGGAAGGUGACCUUAAUACCACCAUACAAAGAAUGUACAUGGAAGAGGUUGGAUUUGCUAAGUUACAACUUUUGAUGCUAUCAAAUUUUCCAAAGUUCAUGGAAACAUGGCAUAUCACGAAUCCUCAUGAACUCUUAGAUUUCAGACAGCUUCAAGUGCUGGAAAUUUGUAAUUGUAGCAAGUUCAGGUACCUCUUAACCCAUUCCAUGGCCAUGGGCCUUGUGCAACUCUUUCGAUUAAUAGUAAAAAACUGUGGGACAAUGGAACAAGUGAUAAUGGGAGAAGGAGCAGAAAAUAAAAUGGAAUUUCCACAUCUUUGGUUGAUCAAUCUAGAGUCUUGUUUAGAUUUGACAAGUUUCUAUGUGGGAAGUCAUAGUCUUGAGCUUCCAAGAUUAAAUGAUUUUAUUGUAAAGGACUGCCCAAAGAUGGUCACAUGUGCUGCUUCCACAUCCUCAGAAGAGCAUGACAAAGAGGAAUCCCAAUACCUCUUUAGCAGCAAGGUGGAGACUCCCAACUUGGAGUUUUUGAGUCUAUCUUCAAAUAACAUUCAACACAUUUUGGAUAAUUCGAUUUCAAGAAUCUCUUCUUAUGUCCAAAAUUUAAGAGAGUUGUGUGUGGAGGGUUGUGAUAAUUUGAAAUAUCUAUUGACAUCCUCCAUGGUUAAGAGUUUUGAAAGAUUGAAUUGGCUCAAGAUUGGGGAUUGUAAUAUGAUGGAAGAGGUAAUUCUUGUGGAAGAAUCAAUGGAUGAGGAAACGAUUUGCAAGAUUUUCUUUCCUAACCUAGAGUUCCUACUACUCCAAGACCUUCCAAAACUCAAAAGAUUUUGUUUUGGAAAUUACUUGGAAUUACCAUGCCUUUGGAAACUUAAGAUAAGCAAGUGCCCUGUGCUGAAGAGUUUCAUCUCUAGCUUUAUUUUUGGAGACAUGAUAGCCAGUUCUAAAAAUGUCAAAAACACUUGUACACUUUCUCUCUUUGACGCAAAGGUGACGUUCCCCAAAUUAGAGCGUUUGGUAAUAGAACAUGUGAAGAGCUUGAAUAAGAUAUGGAACGAACAACUCGAAGUAGAUUCUUUUUGCCACCUAACUUUGGUGAGUGUGGUUUCAUGUGAAAAGUUAAUGAAUAUUUUCCCAUUUAGUAUGGUGGGAAGGCUUCAGAGACUAGACAAGCUCCGAAUAUGGAACUGUGAUUUGCUUGAAGAGAUACUUGAGUCUCGAGAACCUGGUGUUAGCCAAUCACAAGCUCAAAAGGCCACUCCGCUACCUUUGUUGGAAACUGUCACAUGCUUGGAGGAUGAUAUGAAGGAUGGGAUUGUCUUUAGCAAACUCAAGUAUUUGCAACUUUGUGGUCUACCUAGAUUUUCAAGCUUUUGCUCUGUUAAAUGCAAGUUUGAGUUCCCAUUUUUGGAAGAGGUGAUUUUGAUGGAUUGUCCAAGGAUGCAGACUUUCUCUAUGGAUGAAACAAGAACACCAAAACUGCAGAAAGUAAAAUUGACUGCAGAUGAAGAUGAAGGCUUUUGGGAUGGCAACCUAAACUCGACCAUACAACUACAUUUCACGCAAAAGAGUCAACGUGAUUCCGAAAAUGAGAUUAAAGAAAUUGCGGUUCCUAUCCUUUCCAAGUGAAAUUUGAUGGUCUGAAUGGUUUACUCAUAAGUUGGACGUGAAGUUGUCAAAUUGCUUGGUGCCUAGAAUAUUACCUCACUAACUAAAAUUGAUGCCUUCUUUCUAUUGAAAAGAAAAAGGCAGAUCUUUUCUAUUUCCUGAACUCAUGCGCAACUUGUAUUAUGUAGUAUUAAAUUCAUACAAAGCCU